AUGCGAGCAGUGAUCCAGCGAGUUUCCUCUGCCUCUGUUACUGUGGACAACGAAGUCGUAUCGAGGAUUUCCAAGGGGCUAAUGGUCUUCAUAGGGAUAGGCUCAGACGAUACUGACACUGAUGUUGUAACCCUGUCAAAUAAGAUUCUUUCUCUCCGGGUUUUCUCAGAUCCGAGCAAUGAAGAAAAGUCGUGGAGAGCGAGCGUCAAAGACGUAGACGGCGACAUCCUUUGUGUCUCUCAGUUCACUCUAAUGGCAAACACUACGAAAGGCAAUAAACCGGACUUUCACCGUGCAAUGUCUACAGACGCAUCGCGCCAGCUGUAUGCCUCCUUCUUAGAAAAACUAAGAAAAGAUUAUAAACGGGAGAAGGUCCAGGAUGGCAGAUUUGGAGCUAUGAUGAGUGUCAGCUUGACCAACGAAGGUCCUGUCACAUUUACGCUCGAUUCUCGCAAAUUUGAAUACAUCGAAGGCGGUAAAGGUAACUCUAACGUGACGAAAGAAAAAGAUCUCGAGGUACGGAGGUAA